AUGGCCGCUCCCCCCGAUCUCAACGCCAUCCUGGCGGCGCUCGCUGCUGGACGUCCCUCGACUACCCCAUCGCAGACGCCCCAGCAGCCUCCCCAGGCGCAACAUGCCCCUCCCCAAGGCCUUCCCCCAGGCUUCCCAGGCGCAAUGCCAACUGCCACCCCGCCCGCCAUGCCCGGAUACAACUUCCCUCCUCCCACACACUCUGGAAGUCUUGAUCUCAGCGCUAUCAAGCCCGUAAGCUCCGGCUCAGUCAGCAUCCAGGAUGCGCUGGCCAAGGCGCGUGGCUUUGCGGCUCAGAAGGGCCUUGCACACGAAGCGCGUCCAGGUAUACCUGAGUCUUGGUCUGGUUAUGGUGUCCCAGCGCAAACUUACACAGCUCCAGCUUAUCAAGAAGACCCGCGACUAAGCGGACGCCAGCCCUACCGACGUUCUCGGUCGCGCUCGCGGUCCCCAGCGCGCCGAGAACCCGUGCGUGAAAGCUACAACCCAUACCGCGAUGAGCGUCGUGAUGAGCGCCGAGGUGGCUAUGGACGUGAACGUGAUCGCUCUCCUCCUAGGCGUGACACCUUCUCUCCUUCGCAGCAGUACGGGCAAGCACGUUCGCCCCCUGCUAAUGACAACUCUGAGGUGAUUCUCAUUGACUCUUCGUUGGUUGGCCUUGUCAUUGGACGUCAAGGUGAGAGUCUCCGCCGCAUUGAACAAGAAUCCCAAACACGCAUUCAAUUCAUCAACGGCCCCGAGGCUGGACCGCAGCGCGAGUGUCGUAUAACCGGUAGCCCGGGUGCUCGUAUCAGUGCUAAGCGCGAGAUCAACCGCAUCAUCGAAGAAAAUGGCGGCAAUCCUGCUCGUGAGACUGGCCGCAAUGCCCGACCCGCCGCUAAGAUGGUUGGCCAACAACAGCCCGCUCUUCGUGAGGGUGAACAGUCGUCGCAAAUUAUGGUGCCUGAUCGUACUGUUGGUCUCAUCAUCGGCCGUGGCGGUGAGACUAUCCGUGAUCUGCAAGAGCGCAGUGGCUGCCACGUCAACAUUGUCGGUGAAAACAAGAGCGUGAAUGGUCUGCGGCCUGUGAACCUCAUCGGAAGUCCCACUGCUGCCGCACAUGCCAAGGAGCUCAUCAUGGAGAUUGUCGACAGUGACACUAAGCAAAUGGAAGGUGGCGGUGCCGCCGCGCCGCCGCAGCAAGCAUUCACCAGGCGUGAUAACUUUGAUCCCUACGGUGGAGGCGCUGCUGGAGGCGCUGGAGCUGGCAAGAUCAAUGAUAGCAUUCAUGUUCCCUCUGAUGCUGUUGGCAUGAUUAUUGGCAAAGGUGGUGAAACUAUCAAGUCCAUGCAAUCAGAGACUGGUUGCAAGAUCAACGUAUCGCAAGCUUCUGGCGCCGACAUUGAGCGCGAGAUCGGUCUUGUCGGAACCCGUCAAGCCAUUGAUGAUGCUAAGCGAGCUAUCUGGGAAAAGGUCGACCAAGUGCGAGAGAAAAACAACUCACGACGACGUGACAACGGAAACAACGACAAUGGAUACUCACACCAGCAGACACCUUCAUAUGGACAACCCGCCGCGGCCGCGCAGCCUCCUCAAGCAGCUGCACCCGAUGCAAAUGGCGCUGCUUCUGCUGACCCAUAUGCUGUCUAUGGCGGCUACCAAAACUACCUUGCAAUGUGGUAUGCGUCCAUCGCCCAGCAACAACAGGGCGGUCAAGGAGCCCAAGGACCUCCCGGCGCAUAA